AUGACCCAGUAUGACCAGCUUGUUGCCGCGGGAUUGCAGGACCUGGUUCUCCUACCUGAUUCUGACGCCUACAAAGAUCGACAAACCUCCUAUUGGGCAGCCAACGUUGCGAUGCAUCCUAACUGUAUCGUCCAACCACGCACGAAAGAAGAGGUUUCCCACGUUCUCAAAGUGCUCGUUAAGGCUGGAGGGCCGAUUGCUCUCCGCAGCGGUGGCCAUACCCAGUGGGCGGGUUCUAACGAUGUUCACAAAGGCGUCACGAUAGACCUGGGACGCAUGGCAAACGUGACUUACGAUGCACACUCCAGAAUUGCAUCGGUUCAGCCCGGCUCGCGGUGGUCUGAGGCCUAUCGAAAGCUUCUGGGUCACCAAGUUUGUGUGACCGGGGGUCGUGAGGGUCAAGUUGGUGUGGGUGGCUUCCUGACCGGCGGUGGGAACUCGUACUACGCUGGACUUUAUGGGUUGGGCUGCGAUAACGUCGCCAGUUUUGAGGUGGUCCUUGCUAAUGGUGAUACUGUUCAUGCCAAUGCCAAUUCCCAUUCCGAUCUUUGGACCGCUUUAAAGGGUGGUUCGGGAAAUUUUGGUAUUGUGACCCGUUUCGACAUGUAUACGUUUCCAGCACAUGAUCUUUGGGGUGGUAUUCGAGCUGCGGUCAGGAGUGAAGGGGACAAUCUCGCGCAAACGUUGGUUGACUUCACCGAACAAAACUGCAAAAACCCGCAGGCUGCGUACAUCCUCAACUAUACCUUCAAUCCCGAGCUCUCUGCAGAUACAAUUGUCGCCCAUGUCAUAGUGGAUACCAACGGUACAGCGAACGCACCUGCAUUCGACGCGAUUCAGAAGGUACCGGUGAUCGUGGGAGAUGUCAAGAAAAGAACUAUGGCCGACAUGGCCGAUAGCUACAAACUUCCAAGUCACCAACAGCAAGUCUGGUUCUCGCUUACCUUCAAAAAUGAAGUCAGUAUUAUUGAAAUGGCCAGCAAGAUGCACGACGGCCUAGUCGACGAACUCAAGACCUUGAUGCCGGCUAGCGACUUCACGACACAGUGUCUGUUCCAACCCAUGCCAACUCUAUUCGCGGGACACUCAAUUCGUCGUGGAGGCAAUGUGUUGGGGCUCGAUCAACUCAAAGAAAACGCGCUUUUGUGGCUGAUCGUAGGCUCUACGGUGACUCCUGAUGAACAUGUGAUCAUGCGAGAGAAGUUGAAGGCCUUCUCGUCAACGCUGGAGAAGUUCGCCGAGUCGAAGGACCUUAGCGUCAAUUGGCGCUACCUGAACUAUGUCGACGAGACACAGGAUCCACUGAAGAGCUACGGCCAGAGUAAUAUCGACUUCAUCCGUAGGGUUGCGGCCAAAUACGAUCCGUCUGGCGUGUUUCAGAAGACGUUGGUUUCGGGUUGGAAGAUCUCAAAAGUCGAAAUUUAA